GUGCGCAGGGGUGGCGGCGCGGCGGCGCGGGGACGCGCGGUGACCGUUGGCGCUGAGGGGAGGAGGCAGCAGCCGCCGCCGCCGCCGCCGUCGCCGCCGCCGUUGCGCAGAUCCGGGCCGCGGCUGUGGGGCGGGCGACGGAGCAGGUGACCUUCCGGAGGCGGGAGCGAGCGAGGAAGGCCGGGGGACGCCGAGCGCCGCCGCCGCCGCCGCCGCCAUGAACAACUCGGGCGCUGACGAGAUCGGAUCUGGUCUCCAAGGGACUGAGCCCAGGAGGGCGGACACACCCAGUGUCUGAGUUCUUGUGCUCCUUGGCCCUCCCCAUGAAGCUCUUCGUGGGUGGUCUAGACUGGAGCACAACCCAAGAGACUCUGCGCAGCUACUUUUCCCAGUAUGGAGAAGUCGUAGACUGUGUUAUCAUGAAAGAUAAAACUACCAACCAGUCUCGAGGUUUUGGGUUUGUCAAAUUUAAAGACCCAAACUGUGUCGGAACGGUGCUGGCCAGCAGACCACACACCCUAGACGGCCGAAAUAUUGACCCAAAGCCAUGCACACCUCGGGGGAUGCAGCCAGAGAGAACACGGCCGAAGGAAGGAUGGCAGAAAGGACCCAGGAGCGAUAACAGUAAAUCAAAUAAGAUAUUUGUCGGUGGAAUACCUCACAAUUGUGGUGAGACAGAACUCAGGGAAUACUUCAAAAAAUUCGGAGUGGUCACCGAGGUGGUCAUGAUCUAUGACGCGGAGAAGCAGAGGCCUCGAGGUUUUGGAUUUAUUACUUUCGAGGACGAACAAUCAGUGGACCAGGCUGUCAACAUGCAUUUUCACGACAUCAUGGGCAAAAAAGUGGAGGUUAAACGGGCCGAGCCUCGGGAUAGCAAGAGCCAAGCGCCGGGACAGCCAGGUGCCAGCCAGUGGGGGAGCCGGGUCGUGCCCAAUGCUGCGAAUGGCUGGGCAGGCCAGCCCCCACCCACAUGGCAACAAGGAUACGGCCCGCAAGGAAUGUGGGUGCCAGCGGGACAGGCCAUUGGUGGCUAUGGACCGCCCCCUGCGGGAAGAGGGGCCCCCCCGCCGCCCCCGCCGUUCACCUCCUACAUCGUGUCCACCCCUCCCGGAGGCUUCCCCCCUCCUCAGGGCUUCCCACAGGGCUACGGUGCCCCACCGCAGUUCAGUUUUGGCUACGGGCCUCCACCUCCACCGCCGGAUCAGUUUGCCCCUCCCGGGGUUCCUCCUCCACCUGCCACUCCAGGGGCAGCACCUCUGGCCUUCCCACCACCUCCGUCUCAGGCUGCCCCAGACAUGAGCAAACCCCCGACAGCUCAGCCAGACUUCCCCUAUAGUCAGUAUGCAGGUUACGGGCAGGACUUGAGUGGCUUUGGACAGGGCUUCUCAGACCCCAGCCAGCAGCCCCCCUCCUAUGGGGGUCCCUCGGUGCCAGGGUCAGGGGGCCCCCCCGCCAGCGGCAGUGGCUUUGGACGAGGUCAGAACCACAACGUGCAAGGAUUCCACCCCUACCGACGCUAGCCAGUGGCGCCACGCAGACGUCUGCACCAGCUGAGACCCAGGAUUUGAAACUCGUGAACUCGUGACAAUCACAAACUUGGCAGAAAAAUAGCUACUCAACCUUGGGGGGUGGGGGUGGGGGGCGCGAGGCUUUUGGAGGCGGCUGUGGGUAUCUGGACUGCAGUUUUUAAAUACAUUUCUUUCUCUAACCCAGCAGCACAAUAAAGAAAAAGUCACUUGUUCAACAACAGGGUUUAAAAAAAAUGUCUUCAGCUUUAAUUCAAAAUUUCAGGUUUCUUUUUCUUCUUUUUUUUUUUUUGAAAUUAUUUUCCUGAGCCUUUUGUUUUACCAUAUAUUGUAAACUUUUAUGUUAAAGAAAAAAUAUACAUUUACAAAUUGUGAGAUUUUUAAGAGAAAUUUUCUACAAUGUAUACUGGCUUAUUUUUUAAUUUAAAACAGGGUUUCUGUUGGCACUGGUGGAAGUGGGGGACACAUUUUUUAAUCCCCUCACUCCUGGCUUUGGGGGUUGGGACUUGUUGGUCCAGAAACUCUGGGAGCUUAAAGAAGAAAUCUACUGAGUGUGUUUUUGUUUUUUGUUUAUUCCUUGCUUUUGUCAAUUGGCCUGCCUGGUAGUGUCUGCAGGUGCACUGUGGGGGUCAGGGAGGGUGGCAGGUGGUGGAUAGUAACACCCAUGGCCCGGGCUCCCCACAGCGUGAGCCGAGCUCCUCAGGCACGUGGCUUCAGGGCGUUUCCCAUUGACCAGUUUGACCCUGGUUUGAAUAAAGAAAAGUGCGUUUGGAUUAGAAA